AUGGUUCUCGUGCCGGCAUGGAUCAUUCGCAUUGUCUUUGUGAUAGUUCCUGCUCUCAUCUCAGAAGCCUUUUUGGAGCUGGAUGACAAUGCAGAUGGCUUUGUGUCUGUUUCUGAGCUUCAGUCUCAUGCUGAAUUGGACCCAGAUGCUGAUGGCACACUUACUGAAACUGAGGUCCAGGGACUGAUGGGAGGAGCUGCGCAGGUGGACACGUCAACAUUUGAGAGUGUUUGGACCAACAUUAAAGACAAGUACCACUCAGAGUCCCAGCCUGAGGAACCUGCCCCAGUGGAAACGCCUCCAGAUGAAGUGAAGGAACCAGUUGUAGACCAUGACUCGGAGCCGUACCCAGAAGAUGACAUCUCUGAGGAAGAGGAAGAAGAUGAGGAUGAUGAAGAUGAUUAUCAUGAAGACGAUGAUAAGGUGCCGCCCACCGUUAAGACUCCAGAGAAGAGUCAUGAAGAUGGGGAAGCCAUGCUACCCUAUGACCCAGACACCCAGACCCUCAUCGAUGCUGCUCAGAAGGCCAGAGAUGACUUCGAGGAUUCUGAAAAAGCUCUUCGGGAGAUGGACGAUCAAAUCAGAAAUAUUGAAAAAGAGCUGUCGUUUGAUUUCGGCCCUGAAGCGGAGUUCACUUACCUGUACAGCCAGUGCUACGAGCUUACCACUAGCGAGUACAUCUACAGACUCUGUCCUUUCAACCGGGUUUCACAGAAACCGAAGUAUGGUGGCUCAGAGACCAACCUUGGGACAUGGGGAAGUUGGUCAGGGCCUGAAAAUAAUAAAUACUUGGUGAUGAAAUACGAGCACGGCACUGGGUGCUGGCAAGGUCCAAACAGAUCAACUACAGUGAAGCUGACUUGUGGGAAGGAGACUGUGGUGACCUCGACGUCGGAGCCGAGUCGCUGUGAAUACCUAAUGGAAUUCACCACUCCUGCAGUUUGCCAAGAGUCAGCCAACAUGGACCUCUCGCCACACGGCCACGAGGAGCUCUAGACUCCACGCUCUGCUUGAUGAUGCAUGGUUGUUGCUCUGUGGGAACAUUAACUUCAUUUCCUGUUCAGGCUGUUUAAGAACCUCUUCCAUUAGUUUUGAAUCAGCUAAAUGAGGCUGGAAGUUGGGAGAACAUUAAGUUUGGUAAACUGUAAUGUUUUGUUGUUUUUACAGGUGUAGAAUCUGAUCUCUUUACAUUCCAUGGAUAAUUUUGAAAUAAAUUCAACAAAAAAAA